AUGCAACAUGCAACUCCGCCGAUUCCCUUGCAAUGGAACUUCUGCCACACUUCACACAGUUUUGACCGGGCUGUGCUGCGUAAAAUGGAUUUUGUUCUUAAAAAACCUCAGGUUGUGCCGUCACACGCAAAUAUCCAGCGCCGUGUCGAGUACCUGGUCGAGGGAGAGCCACGAAUGGGCGACAUUGGUAGUUGUCUUUUGGGCGAGCUCACGGAUCAGGGAAGAUUAAACAUGCUGCGUAUUGGACACAAUAUCCGCUCUUUGUAUGUUGGAAAGCUACACCUUCUUCCUGCUCAGCUGCAUGUGACCGAUGCAGACCGAGUCUAUUUCCGUACUACGGACAUGACGCGCACGACGCAGAGUCUCGAGCAGGUCGUCACCGGUUUCUUUGGCUCUUCCAUGGGACAACCUGGCUCACUUAUUCCGUCUAUCAAUGUGCGGAACAAUGUGGACGAAGACAUGCUCCCAAACUCGCGGCCGUGUGCAAAGCUUGCGCUGAUGAUGCGGCGCUUUUCCAAGGAGGCAGCCACAAUUUAUAACCCGCAGCUUGCCGAGCUGGACAAUGCGAUCUGUCCGCAUAAUGACGGUGUACCGCCGCGUGUGGAUGGGCAACCGAAACUAAGUGGCUUGAUUGAUACUGCGCGCGCAGCAAUGGCGCACAAAGUUCCGAUUCCGCAUCCCUUCAGCCAGCCGGUCGUGGUCGAUUUGAUGGAGAAAGCAGUUGUGCACGAGUGGUUUGCGGGGUAUGAAACUGCAGACUUGAACGAGCGCAGGCAGUACCGUCGCUUAGCGAUGGGUGCUUUUUCCGGCUCCUUGUACGACAAGUUUGCUCGAAGGGUGGUCUUAGGUGACAAGGAUCCACUCCGGCUGAGCUUGUACUUGGGCCACGACGCUACCUUGAUUGGAUUGCUGCAUGUGAUGGACUGUUUCAAUGGCAAGUGGCCUGCAUUUGCGGCGAGCCUCUCCAUGGAACUGUUCCGUAAUAUGAUCGAGGCCACGCCACCUGAGCCGGAUGGCGCGCCGCUCAGUAAGGUCGAAGGAAAGGGCUUUUAUGUGCGCUGUCGCUACGGUGACGAAACUCUCUUCCUUCCGGCGUGUGCGCCUGCUGAUAAGCACUUUGCUGACAAAUCGGAAUUUUGCACGCUGGACGCCUUCCGGCAGGCUAUGGUGGAUAAUAUGCAGCCUGCGGAUGGAAGCAGUAUUGCACAAGAAUGUGCUGUGGCUCUGUGA